AUGGCGGGAAAUGCUAGACCCCAAGAAGAGACUCAAACUGAUGAUGAGCAGAGUAAAAAGCUCAAGUCGUCAUGUGAUUUUCCGUGGAGAAAGCCUCCACCCAAGUGGGGUGAUGAAGACCUGAUAACUCUACUUAAAGGUUUGAUUGAGUUCAAGUCCUCCGAAUAUGCAAAACGCCGGCCUUAUGUAGACAUGUACUCUUUCUACUACUUCAUCGCUGAAAAAUUGCAAGUCAAAGUUGAUAGGUUUAGGAUGAAUGAUAAGCUUUCUAAGAAACUAUGGGGUGAUGAUUAUUUAGUCUAUGAAUUUUCAAAGAAAAUAUAUGGUGGCAAGAUUAGUGGUGGGAUUAUUAAUAGGCUUGUUAAGAAUGUGAACAGCGAGAGGGAUCAAGUUAAUGAUACCUUUACAAAACUAAAGGAAGUUGAGAAAGAGAUUGUUGUAAAAGAGGUGGCGGCUAGUGGUGAAAUAGAUGAUCAAGAUCAACUGAAUUUUCAGUUCAAGUAUCCCCAUUUGGCUGCAACUUUUAAUGUGAUGAAGAAAAAUAUGAGUUCGGUUGGUAGUGAUACAAUGAGGAAUUUGGAGGAAAAGUUGAAGAAACUGCAGGAGAAAGAAACUGAUUUGAAGAUAAAGAGGUUAGAUUUGAUUAGGGAGAAUUGUAAAUUGGUGGCUGGGCAACGAGAGGAACAUAAAAAUUUGGUGGUUGGGACAAUAAUUUAUGCUAAUGUUUUUCCUUUUUGUUACUGGAAUAUUAAUCCUGCUAGCUUUUAG